UUGCGGGGAGGAGGGGGGCGAAGAUGGCGGCGAGGUUGAGCGGCGGCGGCGGCGAGAACCGGCUGGUGUCGCUGCCCCUUUCGCGCAUCCGCGUGAUCAUGAAGAGCUCGCCGGAGGUCUCCAGCAUCAACCAGGACGCGCUGUUCCUCACUGCCAAGGCCACGGAGCUUUUUGUUCAGUAUUUGGCUACGUACUCCUACAAGCACGGCAGAGGCAAGGAGAAGAGCGCUCUGACUUACAGUGACCUGUCUCGUACUGCAGAAGAGUGUGAAACUUUCCAGUUCCUUGCAGAUAUCUUACCAAAGAAGAUCCUAGCUAGCAAGUACCUAAAAAUGCUUGAAAAAGAGAAGCAAGAUGGAGAAAUGGGGGAAAAUGAUGAAGACGAGGAGGAGGAAGAUGAUGAAGAUGAAAGCGUUGAAGAGGAUGUUGGAUCUUAAGGCUAACAGAGAGUUACUUCAUAGUUAACCCAUUUUCUGUUGUAUAAAGGAUGCUAUUUUUGUGACCGAGAAUCCAGAUGCUGGACAUACUUACACACUGAGCCAUCUGCUUUUGCUUUGUUUAAGAAGUUUAGAAAUUGAACUUCAUCCUUGUGAAGAAUGGAAUUCUUCGCUCAGAUGCAUGAUGGGGAAAGAAGAGUUAUUGUAAAUCUGACAGCAGAAAUUGUUCAGACGAUUUAAAAUUACUUCAGACAAUCGUUAAAGAAAUUUAAAAUGUUUGAUGGGCAAUGCAGCUCUCAGGCCAAAGGCUCUUUCUCCCUCUGACUGGGAGUGAGUCCUCCCCCAGUUUGUCUCUUUCCUUGGAGUGGAAAAUGAGGGGAGGGAAGACUUCUUACUCAGUGUCUACAAUCCUGCCUUUGCCUCUGUGGGCAGACAGUAACUGAUCAAACCUUCUCCCAGUUUUAUGGAACAGUGCAAGGGCAUUAGCAGUGGACCAAGCCCAUGUUAAAAAAAAAAAAUCUUCUGAAAAAAACAAGCUGCUUCUGUAAUGCAGCCUAAAUAGCUGUGUCUGCACAGAAAUAAGCUAGAGGGUGAGAUCCAUUCCAAUAGCUAAUGUGGCUCUGCAGCUGUAGCUGUAAAAAGUAGAAGUGUUAGCUAAUGAUGUAAAUAUGUGUAUCUAGAGUCUUUUCCUCUGUUGAAGUCUCUACUGCAAUUUGUCUGUGGUUUUCUACCAAAAUGGACAUUAUUUUAAGUUUAUUGAAUGUGAAUUGUUGAAUGACAAGAGAAUGAGCAACCCUUUUAUCAUUUGAGUGGUAGAGCUGGAUUUUUUUUUUCCUGAUUUUGUUAUGUUUGUGUUUUUGUUUGUUUGUCUGUUUUUUUUUAAUAGAGAAAUGGCAACAGUCCUCCAUGGAACUUUGUAUACAAACUUUUUAAAAUAAACAUUUUAUAUGAAAAGUGA